CACAGCUCCAUGGCCCAGUGUGGGACGCUGGUGGCCGCAGCCCUGGCGCUGCUCUUGCCGCUCCUGCCGCCAGCCCUUGCGUGGUACAAGCCUGCGGCGGGACCCCACCACUACUCGGUGGGCCGCGCCGCGGGGCUACUGUCCAGCUUCCACAGGUUCCCGUCCACGCGACGCUCCGAGUCCUCAGCACUCCCCGUCGGAACAGGACCCCUGCGCUUGGAGAUGCGCUCCAGCCUAAGGAGCCUUGUGAGUGCAAGCCGGUGGUGGGUGGCGGGAGCUGGUGGGGCAGGGGCGGGCCCUCAGCCUCCACCGCCUACCCAGGCCCUGUGUGUCAAAGAGGUGACCCCGAACCUGCAGAGCUGCCAGCGGCAAUUCAACAGCCCAGGGACUUUCCAGUGUAAGGCGGACGUCGUCUUGUCGCUGCAGGAGGCUGAAUGCCAACGGCCUGCACCCUGAACCCCAACCCCAACCUCGACUGGCUGUGGUGGGUGACCCCCGUGCCCAGUCUUGCUCGAUGCUUGAAGCAGCGCUGGCCCUGUCAUGUGGGUUGACGCCUGUGGCCCCCUAACCC